GUUCGAAGCGUUGACAGCGAGCGUGAUCGAAAAAAAGACCGAGUAAACAUUUUCGGCGAAAAACUCUCAUAACAACUUUAAAUAUAACAGAAAAAAUAAUGUUAAAGGACCGGAUUAUAGUUGGUUACGUUUUCCGACAAAUGUCUACUUCAAACUGAAGAAUCUUUCAAUCUUUUGAACUCUCAUAGACUACUUUUCCAUGUGUAAGCUAUUAUGUUCGUCUAAUUUCAGAGCUAGGUCGUAUAAACGUAUGUAUGGGUUCGUGUGUUUAAGUCUUCAACUGAUAGUCUACCCUUGACGAUUAAACGGUUCAUUUUUAUCUGAACGUAAAAGAGAAGAAACGCUGAACUUAUGACAUUGCACAGAAGCUCGGACAGGUGCUGCAAAUGGGCGGCAUAGGUGGCAAUUUUUACCUCAGCAUGUUGAAUGGGACAGACACUCAAAGUUUUGGGAAAGACGCCGAUAUCAGUAACCACCUUCAUCGCACAAAGGAUUUGGCCGACCUCAAAAUGGGCAUUCAAGACACCAGGUUCUAUUACCAGGACUCCAACGGACAGGACAAUUUAUCCCUGCCAUACCACACGAACCAGACUGGAUUCGGAGCGCAAGCCGGGAGGUUCUACUCACCAACACCACUUAGUAGCUGUCCCUUCAACAGCGUGAGAUCCCCAGCCAGAAGCGGUUCGGGACAGAGUUACAUGCCGACAGGAACCGAGGGUUUUGCGAGCCCUGGAAAAGAGGUUUACUCGGCAAGUGGAGAGAGUUUCUCUGCCCCCUUUCAGCAUGGGUACCCCCGAACACCCCUCUACCCCUUACCUGGGCUACAGGUGUGCGGCAAGACACAGGCACUGCUGAACAACUACCCGUUAUGGGCGAAGUUUCAUAAAUAUCAAACCGAGAUGAUUAUCACCAAACAGGGGCGGAGGAUGUUUCCUUUCCUUAGCUUCAACAUCAGCGCUCUGGACCCGUCCGCACACUACAGCGUGUACGUCGACGUGGUCCUGGCCGACCAGCAUCACUGGCGGUACCAGGGAGGCAAGUGGGUCCAGUGUGGCAAGGCAGAGGGCAACAUGCCAGGUAACAGGAUGUAUAUGCACCCAGACUCACCCAACACAGGGGCCCACUGGAUGAGACAGGAGGUCUCUUUUGGCAAACUGAAGCUCACUAACAACAAAGGCAGCUCCAACAAUGUGGGCCAGAUGAUUGUAUUGCAGUCACUGCAUAAGUAUCAGCCACGGCUGCACAUCGUGGAGGUUAAGGAGGAUGGCUCAGAUGACUCCUUCCUCUCCUCCAAGGCCCAGACCUUCAUCUUCCCUGAGACCCAGUUCAUUGCUGUCACAGCCUAUCAGAAUGCAGAUAUCACUCAGCUGAAAAUAGACCACAACCCCUUUGCUAAAGGUUUCCGGGACAAUUAUGACACGCUGUAUGCCCCGCCGGAGGCAGACCGACUCACGCCUUCCCCCACAGAGAGCCAGCAGCUUGUCCCAGGCACGUGCUACCCCCAGUCAUACCUGCCCGACCAGUAUGUGAGCCCUCUGCCCCAGAGCCGCUUCUACAGCCGGGAGCGGAUGGGCAUGAGCCAGCAAGCCAAGGACCCCAGCGGCAGCCGCUGGUACUUGCCCAGCCAGCAGGGGCCGCCGUCCGGCCGGCUGGACUUCAACUCCUACGACAGCGACUUCCCCAGCAACGGCUUCUACAAGCCCUUCCCCCUGCAGACGUCCGCCCACCACCCCCUGGGCGGGUACUACCAGGAACACCAUUUCCCCUCGGGGAACAUGUCAGCCGCCACCGCAGCCUCCACGGGAGCGUGGAGCUCAGGCCGCCCCUCCCCUCAGUACCUCGGCCACCCGCACCCCGCAAAAGCCGGGCCCAGCCUAAGCUGGUUCCGCCCGGUCCCCCCGUCCUCGUCCUCCUCCUCCUCUUCCUCGGACCACCGGCUGCACCCUCUGGCCCUCCUGGAGCCGCUGGCUCCCCCCCCUCCGCCGCUCCAGGACAAGCCCAAAGAGCUGGGCGAGGACCCCUGGCUGGAGCCCCCUUCCGUCAAGUCGGUGGAUUCCGCCGACUCGGGCCUGUACGAGGGUGCCGAGAACAAGAGGCGGCGAGUGUCGCCGUACGCCUCCAGCACCGAGAACUCGCCGCCCAACCGCGGGGCCGAGGUCUGUGAGAAGGACAGCGGCAGCGACGCCGGCUACUACGGCUUCUACACCAACUGAGCCUCCUACCCCCAAACCUGUCGGCCCCCACCGUUUAACCCAGCGUCCGCGUGCAUCCGUUUCACUCUCCCACCCAGCUCUCUGUUUCACACAGUCCCGUGAACGCGCCCAGAUGGAACUCAGGGAAGCCGAGGAGGGGACACCGCGCUCGUGGCGUGUAAACCCUCCUCCGCUUUCACUUUGAACAUUUGCUCAUGUUAUUUCCACGGGGUGACCGGCUACUUGCCAGUUCAGUUUCUCCGCAUCUCCCGUCCGUAAAAUAUUGAAAUUCCUCCCUUCUUCCAGCGAGGCACAAACUGAGUCCUCUUCUACUGGAUAGAAUGUGGGGUUAGGGGGACACGGAGAGGCAUUUUGGAAUCGAUUCCUCAUUAAGAGGCAUUGAGGAGACUUUAGUAUUUGUGACAGAACUCUACAAUGUCCUUGGAACGGGUCCAUUUCUGUACCCUGCUGCGCCCCCCCUGGACUGGUCUACCAAACCAAGUCCAAGCCCGUGCUGUGUAUGCCAGUGUACACACUAACCCGGUGGGAGAGGGGAGUGGGAGGCCUUUUCCUCGAAUCGCAAUCGAAAAAAAGAUGUAUCCAUAGUGUCUGUAUUCAUUUUCCUCCAUUCUUUACAGCUUCAAACAAAACAAACCUGAGAGUGUCUGCCUCAGAACACACAACUCCAGUGUGGCUCAAGCAGAAAGGCUGAAGCAGAAUGAGUGUAUCAUACAUAGUAUCUUUCUUUCAUAGUAACUUAGGUGCUUUUCAUCUGCAUUGUGAGAUAAACAUGCAUCGAUUGAACAGCUCAGAGGAAGGACUAAGUCAGCUCCCACCAAAUAUGAGGUAUACUCAGACAUCAUGUGCCAAUAGUUCCGUUACUGUAUUCUGUAUUCAACUGUAUUUAUACUCUGUUCAACCUCACAGUUAUCAAUGAAAGUCUACCCUUUCUAAACCCGGACCAGGAUCCUGAAUAACCGUAUCGGCCCCACAGCAGCUGCAAACCACUCAGGGAGUGAGUUGCAUCCGACACAGGAGGUCGGUAUGACAGGCUGUGCCGCAAAGCUGGGCUGUCAUCAGGUCAUGGGUCCGGAAAGGGGGGUCUUAGCCACCGGAACACCUGCAGUUAUCAGGCCGUGGAACAGGGAAGUGGCUGCAUUCUUGCCGGCCUCCGCUGAACUCUGUCCUUUCCGACAUAAGCGCACGCGGGCAUUCCCGGCCAUUUGGACCAGAUCUUUAAACGGUCUAACAAAAGGCCCUCUCGAGUCAUUAAGGAGAGUGUAAUUCCAAGGGCACUGAGCAAGAGGCACAUGAUUUGGAUCUCUGCGAAGAGGGUGUUCGGCGUCAUAAUGGAGGUGUUGAUUAGGAACAAUCUGUCUGGAAUACACCCCCAAG